CUACUCAGCCAAACUAUCUGCUGUUAUACUCGCUGUGUCACCUCUGCUUGUUGCAUCAGCUGGGAUCCUGUUUAAGAUGACUAGUAUGUUCACAAAGAAAGAGUUGGACGCUUAUGCUAAAGCUGGGGCAGUGGCGGAGGAAGUCUUAUCUUCAAUUAGAACUGUUGUUGCAUUUGAUGGACAAGAUAAAGAAUGUAAAAGAUAUCAAACGAAUUUGAACGAAGCACGAGUUGUUGGGAUAAAGAAGGGGGUUGUUGGAGGUUUAUCUAUUGGUGCUCUCUUUUGUAUAAUGUUUUCAACAUACGGACUUGCAUUCUGGUAUGGUUCAACAUUGGUACGAAGUGGGGAAAUCACCGUGGGGAACAUGUUGACUGCUUUCUUUGGCGUGCUUAUCGGGGCAUUCUCACUUGGACAGGGAAUGAGUAACAUGGAAUAUUUCUCGGGUGCCCAAGCUGCGGCUUACAAAGUAUUUGAGAUAAUCGACCGGGUUCCUUUGAUUGACAGCAUGUCAGACGAAGGUCAUAAACCUGACCGGGUCAAAGGUCAAAUAGAGUUCAAGAAUGUUGACUUCACCUACCCUUCCCGUACAGAUGUGCAGAUUCUCCACGAUGUUUCAUUUGUUGCUGAGAGUGGAAAGUCGGUGGCUCUUUGUGGCCAAAGCGGGUGUGGUAAGAGCACGUGUGUUCAACUUAUUCAACGAUUCUAUGAUCCGCAGAACGGAAUAAUCGAGUUGGACGGCGUCGACAUCCGAACAUUAAACGUACGUUGGUUGCGCGAACACAUCGGCGUCGUGUCACAAGAACCCAUAUUAUUCGACACAACAAUCGCGGAAAAUAUUCGCUACGGACGCGAUGAUGUCACUGAUGAUGAAAUAAAGGAAGCUACGAAACAAUCCAACGCUUAUGACUUCAUCAUGAAAAUGCCCAACAAAUUUGAUACGAUGGUUGGAGAAGGAGGGGCGCAGAUGAGUGGAGGACAGAAACAAAGGAUUGCCAUCGCUCGUGCCAUUGUACGUGACCCUAAGAUUAUGUUGCUUGAUGAAGCUACUUCAGCUUUAGACACCGAAAGUGAAGCUGUGGUGCAAGCUGCUCUUGAAAAAGCUGCACAAGGGCGCACGACACUCCUGAUUGCUCACCGACUUUCAACGAUCAGAAACUCCGAUAAAAUCAUUGGAUUCCACGAAGGAAGGGCUUUGGAACAAGGGAGUCAUGACCAACUACUCAAAGUGGAAAACGGAAUUUAUCAAAACUUGGUUAACAUGCAGUCUUAUAGUGCUGAGGGAGAAGAUGUAUCAGAUAUUCUUAAGGAUGAGAUACCAGAAAAGCAAGUAAAACAAAGACAACGGUCCCUGCGCAGAUUAAUAAGCGCCACGAGCGCAAAGUCGGAAGAAGAAGUGAAGGAAGAAGCAGACGAAGACGAGGAUCUUCCUGACUAUUCAAUCAUGCGCGUCAUUAGGAUGAAUAAACCAGAGUUUGGCUACAUCUUACUUGGUUGCAUUGCUGCUGCAGUAAACGGAGGAAUCCAACCUGUGUUCGCCGUGUUGUUCUCGGAGAUCUUGAGCACGUUUGCCCUCCCCCUCAGCGAACAAGAACAACGAAUUACUUUGUAUUCCUUGUUGUUUGUUGCUAUUGGUGCUGCAGCAUUGGUGGCGAAUGUGGUUCAGGCUGCCUCGUUCGCUAAAUCUGGUGAAGAAUUGACGUCUCGUCUUCGCAUGCAAGGAUUCAAAGCCAUGUUGAGGCAAGAAAUUGGAUAUUUUGACGACCAUUUCAACAGCACUGGUGCUUUAACCACAAGACUUGCUACAGAUGCUUCAAGAGUGCAGGGAUGUACGGGUGUAAGGGCAGGAACCAUCAUACAAAGCAUAUGUGCUCUAGGUGUGGCUCUUGGUAUCGCAUUCGCAUACGGAUGGCAGUUGACUUUAUUAACACUUGCGUUCGUCCCUUUCAUGGCAAUUGCUGGCAUGCUUCAGAUGAAGGUUCUAACUGGACAGGCUGGUGACGAAUCGAAAGCGUUUGAGAAAGCUGGCACCCUCGCUACUGAAGCUACCACUAAUAUAAGGACGGUCGCCUCACUUACAAGGGAACAAACAUUCCAUGAUAAUUAUAGAGAUGCACUCAUCCUACCACAGAAGAAAUCCAUGCGAAAAGCCCAUGUAUACGGGAUCACAUUUGGGUUCUCCCAAUGCAUCGUGUUCUUUGCGUACGCUGCUACUUUUAGAUUUGGAGCUUGGCUUGUGGACCAAAACCUAAUGACGUUCAACAAUGUUUUCAAGGUGUUGAUGGCUGUUAUAUUUGGUGCGUUUGCCGUCGGUCAAACAAGUUCGUUCGCACCAGAUUAUGCAGCAGCAAAAAUUGCUGCAUCUCGCCUGUUCAAGUUGUUUGAUCGUAAACCAAGCAUUGAUAGUUACAACAAGGGAGGGGCAACACCGAAAAGCACGGACGGCAAUCUUGACUUCAAGUCCCUCAAGUUCCAUUACCCGACCCGACCAGAUGUGCAAGUUCUUAAAGGUUUGACAACCGCCAUUAGAAAAGGUCAAACUGUGGCAUUGGUUGGCCAAAGUGGCUGUGGAAAGUCAACUUGUAUUCAACUACUUGAACGUUUCUAUGACCCUGAUGAAGGGACCGUGAGCAUGGACGACACAAACACAAAGGAACUUCAAAUAUCUUGGUUGCGAUCACAAAUGGGAAUCGUGUCUCAAGAACCCGUUUUAUUCGACCGUUCGAUUGCUGACAAUAUACGUUAUGGUGAUAAUUCUAGGGAAGCCUCGAUGGAGGAAAUUAUCACGGCUGCAAAGAACGCAAACAUUCAUAACUUUAUUGAUGGCUUGCCUGAUAAAUAUGAGACCAAUGUUGGAGCAAAGGGAGCCCAGUUAUCUGGAGGGCAGAAGCAGAGGGUUGCCAUCGCUCGCGCUCUACUUAGGAAUCCUAAAGUUCUUCUUCUCGAUGAAGCAACGUCUGCUCUCGAUGCGGAGAGCGAAAAGGUUGUCCAAGACGCCUUGGAUGCGGCGAGAGCCGGUAGAACCUGCAUUGUCAUCGCCCAUCGUUUGUCGACGGUUAAAAAUGCUGACGUCAUCGCUGUUAUUGAGAAUGGUUGUGUGGUUGAAAGUGGAACUCACAGCGAGCUAUUGGCUCUCAACGGAUCUUACUUCAGUCUUGUUAAUGCUCAAUUGCAUAAUAAAAAGAACGAGUAAUUAGCUUAAAUACUUAAAUUAGACAAUUAGUGCAGAGUACUGUGGGGUAAGAUAGAUUUGUUUGGAUUUGUGAAGACAAAACAACCCACAGCUUGUUUUAAACAAUUAACAUAGCUUUUUUAGAGUCGUGAGGAUGCGGUUGUAUAAUUUGGUAAAUAUUUUUCAUUUACUACAAAGUAAUAUGGUAAAAUAGAAUUAGGGCAAGUCCAUCUUACCCCACCUAUUAUAGGUAUAUUUGUUGGCUGUAGAUAUCAUUUGCUUAACAACAUUUUAACGAACUCAUUUAGUUAAUUUGACUAAUCCUGGCUUUUCACUGCAGCAAAUGCUUUUGUAACAUUGCAAUUUUGCAAAUUAUACAAAACAUAUUAACAUACAUUUCCCAUGACUUACUACUUUACAAGAGCAUUUUACUUUCAUUAGCCUUGCUGUAGACAAUAUUGGUGAAUAUGUUUGAAAUAUUUUCAGCAUAUUACUUUUUAUAAACACAAUAAACAUUCUUUCUUUUUAACUUUCUUUCUUCUCAAGUUCCUGAGCUGUUAUAAUUCGACCAAUCACAUUUGCUAAUUUGUUUCCUAUUAACUUGUACAGUAUUGUACAACUAUAUGCCUCCCGUUCUGUUUUGCAUUGAAAAACCUAGUUUCAUUUCUUGCACUCUCCUCUCCCACCUUUUUUUAAAAGUGUUAAUAACUAUAAUAUUUCAACCUCGAGUUUGUACAUAAAUAAAAGUAACACUCCGCAUGGUA